CGCCAUUCCUGCAUUCGUUCGCGCCCGUGUUCAAGGGCCGCCAUGUUCAGUACCAACAACGAAGAAAUCGAUUUCUUGGAGCGGUUGAAGAGGCGUGAUCGCGAAAAGCUCAAGCUCAAGCAGAAGGGCCAUCUUCCAGUGAUGGACCGCGAGACGCUCGUCCAGCUUUGCGUGGAUAACGACGGCUACGAGACUCCCGAGCUCAACGACAACUUGUUUGCGCACUUCAAGGGGUUCCAGAAGAUCGAAGGCCUUGAACCGUUCUACAACUUGAAAGCGCUGUGGCUCGAAUCGAACGGGUUGUCUGUGAUCGAGAACCUCGACUGCUUGGUCCAUUUGCGCUGCCUGUACAUGAACAAGAACCGCAUCGAGCGCAUCGAAAACCUUCAUUCCCUCACGGCGCUCACGACCCUCGAUCUGAGUGAGAACGCCAUCCGCACGAUUGAAGGCCUCGGUGCUCUCACGCAACUAACCUCUUUCAACAUUUCCAAGAACGAACUCGAGCACGUCGAAGAUAUCGAAGCCCUCAAAAACUACAAGUCCAUCACCAACCUGGACUUGAGCCACAACAAGCUUGCGGAUCCGUCGAUUUUGCACGUUUUUGAAGCGAUGGCAAACCUCAAGGCGCUUCGUUUGACAGGCAACGACGCGGUGUCCAAAACAAAACACUUUCGCAAGACAUACAUCACGACGUUGCCACAGCUGGGGUAUUUGGAUCGACCCAUCUUCGACAUGGAAAGGACGACGGCGGCGGCUUGGAAGGAAGGAGGCACCGCCGCGGAAGAAGUCGCGCGGCGGGCAUUCAUUCAACAUGAGCACGAUGAGCGCCGCCGAACGUUGCAAGAAUUUCGAGACUGGCAACGAGAAGUGCGAGAGAAGAAGCUGACUGAGCUCGCCACGACGCCAGCGUCCGAGUGCGUGGAGGAUUCGAACGAAGUUGAAGAAGCACGACGGGUCGAGGCGCAGGCGGACAGCGACGCUGAGAAGGCCUUGGUUCACGGAAAUGGCAUCGUCGAGUUGGGAGCGGCGUUCUGGGCCGAAGAAGACAAGAUGCAGCGCCAAAAGCACCCUCAAAUGAACGAGGUGCCGAGCGAACAAAACGUCGCAUCACAUGCAAAAGUGAAAGGAAUUGCGUCCGCCGUACCUCCAUUGGUGGCCAUGAAUGAGCUCAUGGGCAUUGCUGCGCACGAAACAGCGGUGGCAAUCCAGGCUGCAUCCGUGCAAGCUGUGGUAGACACGAAUAACUCCAUUGCCGACGACGACGCUGAAGACAAAGAUGCGAGCGUAUGCGUCGACGAUAUUCAGAUCGACUUGUCCACGGACCUUGUAUGCGCCGCGGCAAAAGGUCGCAGUCCAUUUGAUUCCAGUGCCGCGGUGGAACGAUCCACUCCUCACGCACCUUUACCAUUGCUCGCUGAAGAAGCUUCCGUCUCGGCGGCCGCGAGUGGCACCAAAACAGACGACUGGCCUGCAACGCCACCAUCAUCGACUAAAUCGACGGUCCCGCACUCGUCCUUUACGGGUACGUCGUCGCUGGUGCCGCCGUCGGCACCUGUCGAAAGGGACACGUGGGAGUCGCUUCAACGCAAGGCAUCCAGUGCGCCGCCGCUCCUCGCGCCGCAGAAUUUGCCAUCGGCCUAUGGAUCGUCUGACGAAGACGAUGACGCGAUCCAAGUGCCCGUGACCCGUGCGGACCUGUGGCAGCAACUGCGCGGCUACACAAACAUGUCGCAACUCGACUAGAUGGCCUACAUGACCAAGCGUGCUCACGUGGAGCAAGUUGAGCAGAGGCAUCGUGGAUGCAGCUCCUCCUGCGUCGAUCCACCAAGACUGCGUUUGAAAGCGCUCGAGUGUAUUAUGAAUCGUCGCAUGGAAUCCUUGGCUGAGGACGUUGCUUGGCUCGUAGAAUCAAUUUCUUCGGCCAAUUUGUCGUGCAUGUGGUUGUGCCCGUCAUGCGCUCAGUGGA